GGAAGGCGAGAGAUUGUGCAAAGAGCUCCGCGUGAGGCUGGCGCGGGAGUCAAAGGCAAGGAGGGAGCAGAAGGAGGAGGAGGUGAUUGUUGUCCCGCUUGAGCGGAGCCCGGCUUGGAGAGGAGUGAACGUUGUUGCGCUUGGAUCCCACUCUGGCGGGCGUUUGCAAGUUGGGGAGACCGGGCAGAACUGGUCUGACUUGGGAGGCUUAACAUGAAAGCAUCUCUCGCCAGAGGGAACUGCCUGGCUUGGAUCCGAAGCGGUGCAACCCGAGCAGAACCGACGAAGACUCCCGAAAGAGCCAAGCCAAGCUCUCCUGGCGCGGUGCUUUGGGGAGAAGAGAGCAGAAAGUAGCCCUGGCCGGAUCCUGCAGGUGAGCCAAGCCACCCAGACCCCAUCUCGUCCCAAGAGAAGAACUCUCCCAAGAGAUCCGUAUCGGAAAAUGCGCGAAAUGCAGCAGGCAUGAGUGAGAGAGCGAAGCACAAUAGGCAGCAUAGGCUGAGGGCGGGCGGGAGGUGACUGGGAAGGAAGGAGCACGCUGCCACUCCGGAGGUGGACAUCCUCUCCCGAGAUCAGUCCAAGCAAAGCAGGAGAGGAGCAAGGCUCCACCCCGAGUGGGCUGCCUGGGCUUGUGGGGCAGGCGCUGAAAGGGGACGGGUCCCACCUGCAAGGCCAUCCGGGCACCAGCACCGCCUUGGAGAUGACCCAGUCCGGCGAGGCCCAGACACACACGCCCACCACCAGUGUGCCCAUGGACAGUAAUGUGGUGGCCAUCAUCAUCGCGACCACAGUUUCUUCCUCUGUGUUCAUCAUAGCCAUUUUGGUGCUGCUGCUGCUUUUGUACCACCGAGACCCUAUGUGCUGCCAGUUUCUCUGCUCUUGCCGUUUCUUCCAGAGCCCCAGUCAAUACGACUGUCCCCCUCCAUAUUUCAGUAGCAGCCAACGACUGGUGGGCUCCCAGUCUGGAGCACAACACCUGGAGGCAAACACUGCCGAAAAUCCUGGCAUGCAGAGUGACGAGCUGUUCUGUGUCGGACCCCCCAGCAGCUACCAGCUUCCUCCAUGGGAGCAACCGCGUCUACCAAGCUAUGAGAGUGUGCGAAAGAAGGAUCGGCAACGGGAGAUUCACCACAUGAUUGCCGAAAGGUUUGGCUUGUGGGCUGAAGUCUCCCAAGAGUUACCACCUCCCUAUGAGCAGGCCCUGCAGUAUCCUUCAGCCUUAUCAGGAACAGACGUGGGUUCAGAGCUGUCAGCUGGACACAGCUUGCCAGAUAUGCUUCAAGCUUCACCCACAUACACAAUGCAAAGAAACACAUCAGUAUAGGUGUGACAUUGGUUCCCCUCAACAGAUGUGGCAAUUUGGGACACAAUUUCUAUAGUGCCACCUGCCACUCCUUUUUUCCCUCUCGUCCAAACUCCCUCUACAGCUGCCACAUUUCCCUUUUACUGUUUCCCCAUCACCAAGAACUAACACUUGAGGCUCUCCUGUUCUGUUUGGACAUGAACCUGAGGACAACUGGACAGUUGAAACCAUGACCUGGGAAAAAAUUCUUUAUUAUUUUUACUUUUGAUAGUAUCCAAGACUGGAGGAAUCUGUGCCAGGAAGGUCUAGAGAUACACUGAAUCCCAUAGUGCAGCAAAGAGGGCUGGAAUCAUUGAACUCAGGGGAAUAUUUUUGCCAUAGGAACUUAUAAGACAUAUGGAACCAUUGCAGGAAUUGCCUUUGGGUACCUGGGUCAAACAUUGAAAAAAGCUACUGAGAUGCUCCAUCUUGUUACUUGAGAGAAACUCAAACUUUCUGGCCAAAGAGUUCUUCUGUUUGUGUGUGUGAGAGCAUUUCCCAGACUUUCAGAGUAUUAACCCUUACAGAGAGAAUGUUCUACUGAAUUGUUGGUCUUCUUGACAGCAAUCAACACGACAGGAAUGGGUGCUUCAAGUGACAGAAUGAGGUAUUGGAGACAUUAGGGUGGGAUUCUUCUUUUUCAUCUUCUUUCAACUGCUGGGCGGUUUUGUGAGGCCAAACAAGAUGAAUGGAUCAACAGAGGACAGAAUCUGGAGCUUCUGCAGCAACUUUCUCUGAUCUCGAGAAUCCACACUAUCUGAAGUUUAGGGCCAAGCCAUAUCAGAAAAAGGGUGGUGUGCAGAGACUUGGAAUUUCCCCCCGGAGGGGAGUAAGGUUUCAAGAGCUAUUUUUCUUCAUUCCUAUUGUUCGUUACUCUCCUUGAUUGUUUGUCACUUGGAGCUAGGACAAUCUUAUUCGGCUUUAAUCUGAUUUUUAUUUGGGUUUUUAUUUUUGUUUGGCGAAUAAGCUUUGGAAAUGUUCCUAAUGCCAUCAUUUAAAACAUAGAGUAAUCUGAUCAGGAAAUAACUGCCAUUGUUAAGUUACCAAAACAUUUUUUGUAUUGGAUUUGUUUAUGCCUUUCUGUGGAUUUGGUAAAGCUCAGGAACAGAUCCAUGAAGUUGCAUCUGGGCUCCACCCUUUUGUGACUAGUGGAGGUGUCGCAUUACAGAGGUUAAAGAGAAGGGAAGGCAGUAUGGGGACGUUAUCUCAGCAGAUGAGCUACAAAGAUACAGAUUGGGGGACGCCUGGCUCGAGAGUAUGUGUGAAAAAGAUCUUGGAGUCCUCGUGGACAACAAGUUAAACAUGAGCCAACAAUUUCAUGCGGUGGCUUUAAAAGCCAAUGGAAUCUUGGCCUGUAUCAAUAGGAGUUUAGUGUCUAGAUCCAGGGAAGUCAUGCUACCCCUCUAUUCUGCCUUGAUAAGACCACACCUGGAAUACUGUAUCCAAUUCUGGACACUGCAAUUGAAGGGAGAUGUUGACAAGCUGGAAUGUGUCCAGAAGAGGGUGACUAAAAUGAUCUAGGAUCUGGAGAACAAGCCCUAUCAGGAGCGGCUUAAAGAGCUGGGCAUGUUUAGCCUGCAGAAGAGAAGGCUGAGAGGAGACAUGAUUUGGGCUUGUAUUAGUAUGUGAGGGUAAAUCAUAGAGGAGGGAGCAAGCUUGUUUUCUGCUGCUCUGGAGACCAGGACGCGGAACAAUGGCUUCAAACUACAAGAAAGGAGAUUCCACCUGAACAUUAGGAAGAACUUCCUGACUGUGAGAGCUGUUCAGCAGUGGAACUCUCUGCCCCAGAGUGUGGUGGAGGCUCCUUAUUUGGAGGCUUUUAAGUAGAAGCUGAAUGGCCAUCUGUUGGCGGUGCCUUGAAUGUAAUUUUCCGGCUUUUUGGCAGAACGGGGUUGGACUAGAUGGCCCAUGAGGUCUCUUCCAAUUAUGAUUCUAAGGCUCCCUUCCCUCUCCUGAACUAUGUGAUGCCACUGUAAAAGAAUGGCUUUCUUUUGAUGAGCAAAAUAUUGCAGCUUCAGCUCCUGCUCUGAAGGACAAGUUUUAACCAUGGUUUUACGGCAAUAGCAACCAACUGCUUUGCUGUAAAUAACAGUGAUUAAGGAAUAGCUGUAGUCAGAGAGUGCAUAUGCCUGAGGCUUGUCUCUAAUUUGUUAUAUGGCUGAGAGUCAGUCUGUGUUUGCCUACAACUCCCAUCACCUCAAUCCUGCAUGACCAAUUGUAAGGGAUUGUGAGAGUUGUGAUACAAAAACUGAGGUACGCACCUCUGCCAUAAAGAAAAAAUUACCAUUGGCUGGAACAAUUUAGUAUUCUCAAUGCAAUAGUUGGGUUUAGCCAUAGCUCUUUAUCAAAAACUGCAUGAAAAUCAAUCUUCCUGCAUUUUUGAAUGUUUUAUUGUGUACGAACUCACUCUUACAUGUCCUGAUUAUCAUCAGAAAAAUUGAUCUUUGGUGGGUAUUCUCAGUGGUCUAUGUGUGUAUGCCUUCAAGUCACCUGUUGACUUACAGCAGGGGUGUCAAAUGCAUUUUCAUUUAGGGCCACAUCAGCCUUAUGGUUGCCUUCAAUGGGCCACUGAAUCCCUGGAUGGAAGAUAGAAAGCCAAACAUCAUUUUUACAUAGUGAUUGGUGCUCUUUAGUUUGUACACUGUUUGGGUGCUGAGAUGUUAUUGUAGGGCAACUCCUAUCCUUUUUUAUUAUCUGCCAUUCAGACCAGGGCUAAUGGGAAUUGCAACCCAAAUGCAUUUAAGGCUCUGAGGCUGGGGAAGGGUUAAAGGACAAUGACAGACAUCAUAUCCACAAGCCUUAUACCUAAAUUCAGUUCUGACUAAACAGAACACACUGCAGCUUUCCAGAUGUCUUUGCAUUACAACUCCUAUCAGGACUAAUCAAUAUCUAAUAAUGAGGAAUAUAGGGGUUGUAGUCCAGCAUCUGGAGGGCCACAUAAAAUGAGAUGGCAGGAUGCAUUCAGCCUGCAGGCCUUCAGUUUGACACAUGUUACAGCAACCCCAUGAACCUCACAGGCAAUAAAUACUUAGAAAUGCUGAAUAUUUCAAAAAGAUGGACUCAAUUAGAAGUUGUUAUAUUUCUGCAACCAUGAACCAUCCAUGAAUGAAACUGUUAGCACUUGAGAAGGUUGGGAACAGACUGAAUUUCAAAGGGUUCCCACCAAAUGCCUCUCCCAAGACACAGCCAGCUCUUGGCCUGUCAUCAUUCGCAAGGCCUAAGGCCCAAUGAGAUAUUCUCCAUUUGCGGGGUUAUUGUUCAGAUUUGUUUUGGGCUAAAAUGUGAUAACUUUAUAAUUCAUUAAAAUGUUUGUACCUU